AUGCCGGUAUCAGCCAUUGUAGUGGAAGCCUUUGGCGCGACAGAGGUGCUUCAGCUUCGUUCGAAAGAGCUACCUGCCUUGCAGCCAGGGCAAGUGCGUGUCAAGGUGGAAGCGGCUGGGGUGAAUCCUUCGGAUACGUACCUCCGCUUGGGCAUGAGUGGGCCUUAUGCGGCCGUGCCACACCUGCUUCCGCAGCUUCCGUGGACACCAGGCAAAGACGGUGCUGGUGUGGUGGAAGCGCUCGGGGAGGAGGUGGAGAGCUUGGUCCUGGGGCAGCGAGUGUACACCUGUGCAGGUGGCACUGGCACUUAUGCAAGUCAUGCCAACCUGGAUGCUGCUGGUGUGUACCCCUUGCCGGACAGCAUCAGCUUUGCGGAGGGGGCGGGUGUGGGUAUCCCCUGUGCGACGGCUUACUACGCGCUAAAGCAUCGUGGGCAGGCUGUGCCAGGCUCCAGGGUCUUCAUCCAUGGUGCCAGCGGGGCAGUGGGACUGGCAGCUGUUCAGCUUGCGAUGCCUAGGCUGCAUGGGCAUGUCCUAAGGCUCCACCACCUCGGUGUACAGAAGUCACCCAAGGUCAAGGUCUUUGCUGUAGUUAGCCACCGAGCCGAGACCAUUCAGCAGCAUGUUUGA